UUUAAAGUUAUUAAUUGGAGCACAAAAGCAAAUUGGGCUUGGAAGCUGCACAAACCCUAACAAGAAACUAGAAUCCAGUGGCAAAACGGCUGUCCGCUCGGUUUUCUCAUUCUGUGUUGGAAAUCAGAUUCUUGGGACAGAUUUUCUUCAAAACAGAGGUGAGUAACGAGAGAUUAGUUUCAUUUCAGUUCCUAUGUUUUAUUUUCUCCAUAAAACUAGUUUUCUUAAUGGGCGGCAAGCUAUCACAGCCGCUCAAAGUUGCAAGCCUUUUCACAUUCUUCAGGAUAAACCAUCAGUCUUUAAGCUAUCAAAUACUCUUAGAUUUAUCUCCACAGCCUCAAAUCAACACUCUUUUACAGUUUCAUACCUCAUAAACAAAUGUGGGUUGUCUCCAGAAUCAGCUUCAUCGGCUUCAAAGUAUGUCCAUUUUGAAACCCCUGAAAAACCUGACACUUUCAUUGCUUUUUUGGAAAAGCAUGGCUUUUCCAAAACCCAAAUCUCAAACCUUAUCAAAAGACGGCCAGACCUGCUUGUUUAUGAUACUGAGAAAACCCUUUUGCCCAAACUAGAGUUCCUUUACUCUAUAGGUUUUUCCAGGCCUGACGUUGCCAAACUCUUGACUAUUUAUCCUACACUUUUGAGGAGGAGCUUAGAGAAAAAAAUUAUCCCUUCAUUUAAUUUUCUAAGGAACCUGUUUCAAUCCAAUGACAAGACCAUGAAAGCAAUAAAACGGUUUACGGGUAUUCUUGUUUAUAAUUUUGAGUCGUAUCUGUUUCCAAAUAUGAAUGUUUUGAGAAGAAACGGAGUCCCUGAAUCAAAUAUUGUUACAAUGCUUUACCGUCAUCCUAGAUUAUUUAUAUGUGAUCUGGCUCGGUUUAAGGAGAUUGUGGAGGAAAUCAAAAGAAUGGGGAUUGAUUCUUCGAGACCGAAGUUUGUUGAAGCGGCUAUUGCAUUGAGAACAAUGAGCAAAUCCACAUUAGAGAAGAAGUUUGAUGUUUGUAGGAGAUGGGGUUGGUCUGACCAAGAGAUAUUUGAAGCUUUUCAAAAGUAUCCCUCAUGUAUGAAAGUUUCUGAGGUCAAGAUCAUGGCUAUAAUGGAUUUUCUUGUGAAUAAAAUGGGUUUCAAUUCUACUCUUGUUGCCAAACAAUCAUGUAUUCUUAGUCGUAGCUUGGAGAAGAGAAUUGUUCCGAGGGCUCUGUUUGUGCAAGAAUUGUCAUCACAAGGUUUCAUUAAUGACUUAAAAUUGUCUGUAUUAUUUGCCACGUCGGAGAAGGAGUUCCUUAGGAUCUUUGUUUACCGUGAUGUAAACAAAGCACCAGAGCUCUUGAAACUAUAUGAAGAAAAACUGAAUAUUUCAAGAAAAAAAAAUGAAAACUUUGUCAUUGCAGUUUUAAUUACUAUAAUUCUGCCACCAAGUAGAGGGAGAGUGGGAAAUAAAAUGAGGUUAUAUCCUUCAAGGUUUACAUUGCUCUUACUGGUGUCUGGAUUGAGGACAAACAGCAAAUCCACAUGGGAGAGGAAGUUUAAUAUUUAUAACAAGUGUGGUUGGAUUGAUGAAGAGAGUUUUCCAGCUUUUCGGAGUUGCCCCUUGUAUUUGACAGCAUCUGAGAAAACGUUUAUGGCUAUAAUAUAUUCUUUUAAAAAAAUGGAGCUUGCUUCACAUAGUCGUGUCACCAUAUCUUGUUCCAAGGUGACAGUGGAUUCAUGAGUUUUUAUUAGGUUUUUGAAGGGGCUUUUCUUUGUUCUUUCGAUUCUUCUGAUAGCCUUUGAACCUGGUAUCUCAAUGGCAAUCUUACAUGUAUAUAGCCAUCAACAACAAUGGAAGGCUAGAUCUCAAAAGUUUUGAAUCCUACUGCUUGCAUCAAAUAGGCCAUCAGAUUAACUCUGGGGUUGAACAGUGAUGCAAAAUGGAGCUUCAGAGAAAAACUUUCAUUUAAUCCUCGAUACUGUCAGAAUUUAAACUUUAGUUAUUAGAACUAAGAGUUUAAUAUUUUAUGGCUGUUGACAGCCAGAGAAAAACUUGAUUUAAAAAGAAUAAGAAACAGAGAACAACUGUUGUCUAAAGCAACCAUGCCUUAAAUUAACAUUGGAGACUAUGAUGCCAUUACCCAUCAGCAUUACCAUCUUCAUCUGCAUCUUUUUACGCUCUCAUUCCAUAAA